AAUUGCAGGGUUGGUGGGUGCUGAGUAUGCUACGUUCUCGUAUGACUUGGCCUGAGUUCGUCCCGCGGUCUAGGAUUAGGAGGACGUGACUCGGGGUAGGGGCCGCAGGGGGGCGGUUCAUCCCUCUCUCUCCCUUAAUUUCUGUGACGCGAGUGUCUAUAUAAGAUCAUCCGUUUUGUGCCGGGAGAGGCGGGGAGAGGAGACGCGAAGCUGCUCCUGAGAAGCUGGGGAGGAUGGGGGCAGAAGAAUUCCCCUCCCUCCUGCCCAAGAAGGAAGGACAAACUCGGCCACUCGUGGUUGGCCUCCAGCCGUCCGCACUCCUCGAUCACGUGGCCAGGGUGGACUGGGAUCUGUUGGAUUCCAUUCCAGGCGACCGAGGAGGCUCCCAACAGGUGCAGAUUGCAGAACUGGAAUAUAUUCUGAGUGAAGUAAACACCCAUAUUCUUCCACUGCCUGAAGACGUCACUUCCAUAAGGACAAUAGCAGGUGGCAGUGUAGCCAACACUGUUCGUGGUUUAUCUGCUGGAUUUGGUAUUUCAUGUGCAAUUGUUGGUGCAUGCGGUGAUGAUGAGCAGGGAAAAUUAUUUGUAUCUAACAUGAGUUGUAAUGGUGUGAAUUUAACACGGUUGAGAAUGAAAAAGGGGCCCACUGGUCAGUGUGCAUGCCUUGUGGAUGCAUUGGGUAACCGGACCAUGAGGCCAUGUCUAUCCAGUGCAGUAAGGAUUCAGGCUGACGAAUUAACUAGAGAAGACUUAAGAGGUUCCAAGUGGCUGGUAUUGAGAUAUGGGAUUUUCAAUUUAGAACUAAUCCACACAGCUAUUAGAAUUGCAAAACUGGAAGGAGUACUUGUGUCUAUGGACUUGGCAAGUUUUGAGAUGGUUCGUGACUAUAAGGCACAUCUUCUACAUUUGUUGGAGAAUGGAAUGGUUGACCUCUGUUUUGCUAAUGAAGAUGAAGCCCGAGAAUUAAUGAGGGGUAAGGCACAGACAGAUGCAGAAGCUGCUCUAAAUUUUUUGGCUGCAAAUUGCCAGUGGGCGGUGGUGACAUUAGGUCCUAAAGGAUGCAUAGCUAAACACGGCAAGGAGGUUGUCCGAGUUGGAGCUGUAGGGGAAACACAAGCAACUGAUGCUACUGGAGCCGGGGAUCUUUUUGCCAGCGGGUUCUUGUAUGGCAUGGUCAAGGGACUCUCUCUCGAAGAAUGCUGCAAAGCAGGUGUUUGCAGUGGUGGAUCUGUGAUCCGAGAUCUUGGUGGUGAGGUGAGACCCGAGAACUGGCGAUGGAUGUUCCAGCAGAUGCACUUACAGGGCCUUUCAGUUCCUGAUCUCAUGAAGAAUUAAACAGAAUGACAGGAGGAGAACUAAUGCAUAUGUUCGUUUCAGCUGAGCUAUUUGUUAUGGUUUCGGCAGAGGGCAGAGCCAUUUUUGGGGUCGUCUAACUUAAGCUACCGAGAGGUGCUAUGUCAGGCUUGGGUAUUCUCUUUAAUAUUUUUUGCACUCCAUUGAUUGUUACGAAAGCAUAUUGUGUUUUUGUCUUUGCUUUUGACAUCUAAGCGUCUGGGCGGAUGUAACUCUUGUUUCAAAGGUAGGAAUGCAAUGCUUUCUUUUA